ACAUCAUUACGUAGUUAGAAUCUAAUCUAUUCAAUCAGAAAUAUACAUGUAGAAUAUAUUCGUUAACUUAUGUCACUAUAUAACGGUUCAUAUGAAAAGUGUGACAAAUGUAGGAAUGUGAGAGAAAGGACCGUUGUUACAUUGUUUCAGUGGGCCGCUCUGUAAAAAAAGCAAAACUGCUAGACCGUUGUUCUCUUAACUAAAAUAAUAUUUAGUGACGAAAAGCCUUUGCUGUAAAAUUCCUAAACUACCCCUCACUCCCUUCUUCCAACCUUUCGCCAGCUAAUGUUUUUCCCUUUCCGAAGAAAAAGGUCAAGAGGAUCUCAUUCCUUACUUACUCCCACUUUACAAUAAUACCCUCUCCUUUAACCUAUUCACCAGACUGCCACCCGUCUCCUCUUCUGUAUAAGAAUGCACUGUGACAUGAGGACAUGAUGACUCUGUCGUGAAGAGACUAAGAGAGAGAGAGAGAGAGAGAGAGAGAGAGAGAGAGAGACAAAGGAUGGGAGUGAUUAAGAGGUGGACGUCUGUGAAGAAGAAGAAGCAGCAGAAAGAGGAGAUUGAAGCGACGGCCAAAGAAACACAUACUUGGAGGCGACUAAGGGGUAUGUUUUCAUCGUCGCCGUCGUUUAAGUGGAAACGAGUAGAGAUACUGCAUACGGAGAUAGUGGACGGAGUGGUUUACAACGUGAUGUAUGUAGUCGAAGCUGUUGUUCUCGUUUCGACUCUCUGUUUCUUCUACCUCUGUUGUGGAUGCCACAUCUGAUCUCAUGUUUUUUUCACAUUCUCUCAAUUCCAUUAUUCUUUUGUAUUCAUGCUCCUCUUCAUUCUUCUCUUAGUAUGUUGUUUAGCUUUAGUCUCAAUUUUACACAGUAAGCUUAUAAUGUAAUCUGAUGUUAUGUAGUUCUAUAGAAUAAACUUGAAUUCAUUUGA